AUGAAUGUUUCGGUGAAUGGUCAACGUUUGUCGAGUGAUUUUGGACAUUUGGUAAACUCUCGGACACUGGUUAGACGAAUUAAUGAAAAUCCAAAAUCACCAUUCAAGGCAAAACUGUAUGAAAGAUUUGAUUCUAUUGCCAAGUUGAUUAAUUUAUCGAGGAGAAAUGGUGGCAGAAAAUUUUCUAUGAAAACUGUUCAAUCAAGAAAGUUUAAACUUUCGAAAGGAUUGGCAAUUCCACCUGAAUAUGAUUUGAGAAAGAAUUGGUAUCAAUGUGUUGGUGAUAUUCAAAAUGAAGGUCAAUGUGGUGCUGUUUGGGCAAUGGCUCCAAGUGCUACUGUUUCUGAUAGAAUGUGCAUUCAAUCUAAUGCUAAAUUCCAAGAAAGAUUGUCCUCUCAAUAUAUUUUGGAAUGUGAUACUAGAGAUUUUGGAUGUAAUGGUGGAUAUAUGAAUACUGAAUUUGAAUUUGAAUUGAAUAGGGGUGUUCCAACUGAGAAAUGUGUGCCUUACAUUGCCUUCAAUAUGACAUUACAACCUUGCCCAACUAGCUGUUUCAAUUCUACUCAACCAAUGGUUUUAUACAAGACAAAAUCAGUGCAAAAUGUGACUGGAGAGUUGGACAUGCAGCAAGCCAUUUUGCAAGGAGGAAGUAUCAUGACUGAAAUGGACGUUUAUCAAGAUUUUAUAUAUUAUUCCAGUGGAGUGUAUGAACAUGAUCCAUCUUUCACUCAACCAAUAGCGAAAACAGUUGCAAGAAUUGUUGGUUGGGGAAGUUUGAAUGGAGUUAAUUAUUGGAUUGUAGCCAAUGUUUGGGGGAAAACUUGGGGUUUGGAUGGCUACGUUUUGGUUCGUAGAGGUACUAAUGAGAGUAACAUAGAAAAGGACGCAUAUGCUUUCCAAGUUUACUAA